AUGGGAAUUAUUUAUUUGAUUUUUUAUUUUUCUGUUUUAAUUUCAGCUUGUGCAUCAACACAAUUUGAUGAGAACAAAAACAUUUUUAAAAAUUCUUCUGAGGCUUCAGGCUUUCUCUCAAAGUCUUCAAGCUUAGUGCAAAACUACGAAAAACUAAUUUUUGAGCAAAUUGAUUUUGAAAAAUCAAGCAGAAACUUAAAUGUCACAAAUACUACAGACUCUCCUAAAUGAAUUGAUACAAAAGGUACCAGCCCUGCUCAAGCGUAUAUAUGUAUUGCAACUCUCAUUAUUUACGGGUUUUUAUUAAUUCUUAGUUGAAAAAAAGAUAAAAAAGAAGCAAAGGAAGAAAGUGAACUCAUAAUUAAAAAGAAAGGAACCCCAAUUAAGCUGGAAGUAACCAAAAAAUAUAUAGAAAAUACUAAAGAGUUUAGGAGCUUUUCUAUAAUUUUUGAAGACAAGAAUAAACUUAUGGAAAAAAAAAUAUUCGAUUUAGGAGAAACAGAAAGAGAGAAUAGCCAAGAAAAUGAAAAUAAAGAGAGUGAAACAAAUUACGAGAGAAAAAUAGAGAAUGCAUCGAAUAAUUCUAAUAUAAAGGUUGACAAGUCUGAUUACAAGGAAAAUGAUCAAGAAAUAAUUUAUGAAAACGAAAAUAUUGAAGAAAAAAGCAAUGAAAACUUAAAUGAUCCUCAAAAUAAAGAAAACUUAGGAAGAAAUCUUGACACUCAAAAUCAAAAUGAAAUGAAUGAAGACAUAGAAGGCAAUGUUAGCCUUUCUUUUCUAGCGCCUGAUGAAGUUUAUAUUUACAAGCAAGAAACCAAAAAGGAUGAAAAGCUUACAUAUUCUCUUUUUCUUACCAAAAAGUCUGAAGAUAAGCCUAAAACUUCAUGAAAAGUCAAAGUAAAAAAACAUCAUAGUCUUUUAUCUAUUUUUUAUUAUAAAAAUCCUAGAAGAACAAGGCUGUUUUUUGUUACCCUAUACACUUUAGUUCUGAUAGGACAAAUGCUUUUUAUAGGUUUAUUCUAUCUGAACACUCACACUUCCACUGUAAAAACUGUCAAAGAUACUAACACUUCUGAUCAAAAAAAGAAGCCUAAAACCCUCGAUUAUGGAGCUGAUGACUUUUUCAUAAUGCUUUUUUGCGUUUUUGUGAUGCUUGUUAUUAUGAUUAUUAUUGACUUGAUGUGUCUAGAAAGAGAAAUUAAAGAAAAUAUGAGCGCAGAUUAUUCUAAUAAAAUUAGAAAAACAAAUUUUAGAUGAAGAAUUGCUGGUUUAGUAAUUUGCUGAGGAUUAAUCGGCUUAUUUUGCUGGGUUAUUAUACAGCUCUGUAAUGAUUAUGAAAAAAGUAUAAGCAUGGUGUGGCUGACCAGCACACUUAUAAGCUAUGCAAUUAAGAUCUGUAUUUUUUCUUUUUUUGAAAAUGAUCUUGUGGCUUGGUUGGCUUCACUUCCUGAGAAACUUAGAAAAUAUUUUGAAAGAAAGCAUGAAAUGGAAGAUCAGGAAAUUGAUGAUAAUAACGAAGCAGUAAAAGAUAAGAAAAAGUAUAAUGAGCAAGUUGAAGAGAUAGCAUAA